AUGUGGCUCUCGUACGAUCCCUGUACUCCAAAUAGCAGCUUAGUGUAGUGGCUAGCGUCCUUGCACAGCGGUGUCUAUGACCGGGGUUCGAAACUUUUUGAAGAAUUUCGUUUUUGCCAAAACUUUCCUGGGAGGAACUUAUCGACAUUGUUAAAAUCAAUCAAUUUUUUUAUUUCGAACUAACAUAGUUCCUCAUUUUAUCCGAUUUACCGAGAACUUUGACAAAAAUUUUCCUUCGGCGGCUCAGACAUGAUCAAUGGAUCGCUUUCUGUUUUUUUUUUUCAAGAAUCUGGAGGAGACUUACUCAUCUUCCUGUGCCGUAAGUUUUUAUUUUAUUCCUUUUGAAUUAUCAACUGGACUGAAACGCUGAUUAAAAGGUACGUAGAACUUUUUCCCCCAAAAAGGGACUAUUAAUAAUUUUUAUAAGCUGAAGUAAAAAUUUUAAUCGGUUUACCGAAUCAAAAUGAGAACUAUUUUAUUUUGGAAAGAAAUUUUUGGUCCAUUUCCCCAAUGUCGAUAAGUUCCUCCCAAGAAAGUUUUGGCAAAAACGAAAUUCUUCAAAAAGUUUCGAACCCCGGUCAUAGACACCGCAUUGCAAGGACGCUAGCCACUACCACACGCUGCCAACUGGAGUAGAGGGAUCGUACGCGAGCCACAUUCCCUCUUGCCUUGCAGCACUUAUUCAGCGUGCAAACUUUGAAGUUUCAUAACUCGAAAACGAGAUCUAUUGCGAGAAAUUUUAUUUGUGUUCUAGAGAGGAGGUCUUAUAGUACCUUUCAGCAAAGUUUCAACAAAAUUUCAACCGGCCACCAAAAACACUUCUCUUGUCAGAAGUAAUUACUUUUCCAAAAACUUAGAAGGAGUCGCUAGAGUGGAAGGCAGAGACGCAGAGGAAGGCGAGAAACACUCUUUUUUGUUAUAGUCUGUUCAGAUUUUGAAUGUCAAGCAGCUAACUCCACCCCCAUGGCUACAAUAUCUUUUGCGUCAAUGUUUUAUCUACAGAUCACGAUGGCCCUUUAAUAAAGCUGCAUUUUUGACUUCUUUUUCUAUCUUUUAGAUCAAAAAAGAUCAAAAUUAGUCCCGCGCGUUAAAACAUCGACGCGAAAGGGUACCGUCUCGGCAGGGGCGGAGUUAGCUGCUUGACAUUUAAAAUCUGAAAAGACUAUAAUCCGUCGUUCCUAUACUACUAAGGAGCUUCGGCCCUUGGAAGGACUCAGUCAGUUGGCGUCCGUGGCACGUUGAUGUGCCACGACCACCCAGCCGCCAACAUCAAGGUCAAGAUCUUCGACGAAGAAAAACGUAAAUCUUUCUUUAAAAUCAAAUCAAAUCACAUAUUCAAUCCUUGGUUUUUCUCGUUUGCUUUCCAUGAGAUUUGCAGUCUCGCCUGACGAGUUGAUGGCAUCUGGAAAGAGUGACGGCAGUGGUAAGUUCGAAUUGAGCGGCCAUGCUGACGAAUUCACCUCGAUCGAGCCAAAACUCAACGUCUACCACGAUUACGACGACGGAAUCAAGGUAAACACAGGGGAACAUGGAAACUAAAUUUAUAAAUUUCUUCUUGUCGCUCUUCAUGAGUUUUCUUCUCUGAAAUCCGUUAAAAACCGUGGUCUUGAAAGUUCAGAAAAAACUCUUUUUUGGCCGAAGAAUGUCUUUGCAGCCAUGCCAACGCAAGAUCACAGUCUACAUUCCCGACUCGUAUAUCUGCAGUGGAGAACAACCAAAGAAGUUCUUCGACUUCGGAAAUCUUCAACUCGCCGCCAAAUUCUCAGGAGAAACUCGUGACUGCCUCAAUUGA